AUGGACUUUCAUCUCAAGAGCCAGCUGGCGGCUCGUCAUAUUCAGAACAUAAGCGAGGCCGCCUCGAUAGAACCCCAUUGGGGCUACGUAGACCGAGCGAUCCCCUGCACGAAUGAUGCAGGGUCCUGUGCCUACCUCGACGUCGUUUACAACUCCCACGAUAUCGGCAUGUUGUACGUUGGCAUUCUAUGGGCUACCAUUGGAGGUAUCUUAUUGGUAUGGGCCGUAGGUCGACGGGCGCUACCAGGGCUCUCCGAGGAAGACGUACUCCGCGCCGCUCUUCUCGAGGACACUCGCGCAAGUAAGGGCUUCUUCAACCGCCUGCGCCAGACAAUCUCGACCGUCACGAACCGAUACCUGCUUCCUGACUGCAUCCGUCCCAUCUUCGGCCGAACCACCCGCCUCCAGGUCCUGAUUCUCACCGUCUUGGCGGGAUACCUCCUCAUCUUCUCGUUUGUUGGCAUCGUGUACAACACCUGGAUCACGCCAGUCAAGAAGAUGCCUGGCGUAUACAACACGAGAGUCAGUCUUGGUCCUUGGUCGGACCGUGUCGGAGUCCUUGCCUACGCCCUCACGCCCCUGUCCGUCCUCUUCUCCACCCGGGAGUCUAUCCUGUCGCUUCUCACCGGGGUCCCGUACCAGAACUUUAACUUCCUUCACCGUUGGGUUGGAUACAUCAUCGUCGUCCAGUCUGUUCUGCACACCAUUGGUUGGCUGGUCAUCGAGGUCCGCCUGUAUCAGCCUCAGCCCACUGUUGCCGAGGAGUGGAUUUCCCAGCUCUACAUGAUCUGGGGUUGCAUCGCCUUGUUCUUCCUCAUGGCGCUUUACGUCCUCAGUUUGCCCCCCGUCAUCCGGUUGACCGGUUACGAGUUCUUCCGCAAGUCCCAUUACGUCCUUGCUAUGUUAUACGUUGGCGCCUGCAUUGGCCAUUGGAAGAACCUGGAGUGCUUCAUGAUCCCAGCUCUUGUCAUUUGGUUCUUGGAUCGUGCUGCCCGCGCUGUCAGGACCGCCUUGAUGCAUCACAACUUCAUCGAAGGCAGGGGCAUGGGUUUCUCGGCCGCGCAGGCUGCCAUGACCGUCUUUUCGGAUUCCGAAAAUGGCGACGUGGUCCGUCUGGACUUUUCUCACCCCCAUGAUGCGUGGAACAUUGGCCAGCACUUCUACUUGUGCUUCACUGAGAGCAGCAUCUGGCAGUCACACCCCUUUACUCCAUUGAACGCCCCGGUUACGGUGAAUGGCAGAACGAAGCACUCCUACAUCUUCCGUGCCAAAGGCGGCGAGACCAAGAAGGUUGCCGAGAUCGCAGCCCGCAAGUUGGCAGCCGCCUCGGGAGGAAAAGGCGAAGCAGCACCCACAACCUCGGUCAUCUUAACAGGACCAUACGGUGAUCCAAUUCUUCGCAACAUCACAUCGGAUGUCAAUAUCCUCUGUGUCGCAGGUGGAACCGGUGUCACAUAUGUUCUUCCCACCUUGAUGACCUUGAAGAAGCACUCUGUAUCUUCACGGAAGCUUGAGCUUGUCUGGGUCGUGCGUCACAUGAAGGACGUUGAAUGGAUCAAGCCUGAGUUAGAUGCUUUGGAUGCCGAGGUAGGACCCAAAGUCAUCGUACACAUCUUCGCAACACGCGAUGGCAGCAACAGUGUUUCCGCAUCAGGGGAAUCUAACAAGUUGUCCGAGUCCGAGUCGACGUCCGAUGCUGGCAGAGGCUCUGGAGAAAAGCAAGUGCAGGUUUCGACCAGAUCAAUGGGCGAGGUGACCUCUAGCGAUGCCCCUCGGCACCCCGAUAUGUCCACAGUUGUGCGGCAGUUUGUGGAUUCAACCGUCUCAGGAAGGACGGCAGUGUUCGCCAGUGGCCCUGGAGGGUUAAUGUCCGAUAUUCGUGUUGCUGUGGCGCACUGCAACUCGGCGAGCAAGGUAUGGCAAGGAGAGGAGCGCUAUAAUGUGUCUCUUAUCCAUGAUGAGCGUAUGGAGCGAUGA